AUGACUACUAUCCGUCCCUUCGAUGUAAUGGAUCUUUUAACCUUCAAUAAUGUUAAUCUUGACAUCAACACCGAGACGUAUGGCUUCAAUUUCUACUUGUACUACCUUGUUAAUCAUUCGGAAUAUUACCAAGUUGCUGAACAUCCAAAUGGAGAAAUAAUGGGAUAUAUCAUGGGAAAAGCAGAAGGGCGUGAUUUGAGCUGGCACGGACACGUGACCGCUGUUUCUGUAGCUCCAAAUUAUCGUCGGUUAGGUCUCGCAGCGAGUAUGAUGGGAUAUUUGGAGAGUAUUUCGGAACACAAAAAUACAUAUUUUGUGGAUCUUUUCGUACGAGUUUCAAAUCAUGCUGCAAUUGAAUUAUACAAAAGUCUGGGCUAUGUAGUUUAUAGGCAGAUACUUGAUUAUUAUACAGGUGAAAGAGAUGAAGACGCCUAUGAUAUGCGAAAAUCUUUAUCAAUGGAUCCUGAGAAAAAGGCGAUGAUUCCAUUAUCUCAUCCAGUUCACGCACGCGAUGUUGAUUAA